UCCAGACAAUUCCCCCACCCCCAACCCUCUCCUCUCUGCUCCAAAACCCCAACUGCUCGUCUGCUCCACCGUACCCCACAACAACCGCUCGCCAUGGCGCCGCCGCCUCCUCGUCGUCCUGCUCCCACGCCCUCCGCCGUCGAUGCGAUGCGAGGAAUGCUCCUCCAGGCGGCGUUCGACGGCGACCUCGUCAUAUUCAAAAAGCUAGCGGGGUUCCUGGACAAGGGGAGGGGACGCGUCAGGGAGACGGUGGAGGCGGUCACGGUGGAUUCAGACAACGAGGAGAUGAAGGGGCUCGGGGUACUGCACCUCGCCGCCGGCAACGGGAAGCUGGAGAUGUGCCGCCACCUGGUCGAAGAUCUCCUGAUGGACGUGGACAUCCUGGAUUCCGCAGGUAGGACUCCUCUGGUUAGUGCUAUAUAUGGUAAGAGUGUGGAUGCUGUCAAAUAUCUUCUUGAGCAUGGUGCCAAUCAAGACAAACUCGACCGCAAUGGGUUUUCCCCUCUACAUGUUGCUGCAGGAUUAGGAUGCUGUGAAAUUGUAGAGCUAUUGCUUGCAAAAGGGGCUUACACUGACUCGGUAACUUGUUGCGGGACACCACUUCAUAUUGCAGCUACUGAAGGGCAAGAUGGUACUAUGAAAAUUUUGUUGAACCACAAUGCAGAUUACAACAAGAUGGUAAAUGGUAUGACACCUCUUUAUUUCGCUGUAAAUGCUGCCUCAGUGAAAUGCGUAAGACUCCUGGUUCAGGCAGGUGCUGUUGCUAAUGGAGAUUAUUUCUUAACCGCUUUAAUCAAUGCACCGAAGAAUGUCUCAGCUGAGUGCUUGAAUUGCGUACUUGGCGUUGGCGUUGGUUCCAGCUGGAAUGCUACCGAUAAUAAAGAGCCGUUGGAUAAAAUGAAAAUGGCAGAGUUGAAGUCGCAAGGGAAUAAGGCUGCUGGGAGAAAAAAAUUUCUUUCUGCAGCAGAAUUCUACAGUAUGGCAUUGGACCUUGACCCUGAAGAUGCAACCUUGUUCUCGAAUAGGAGCCUUUGCUGGCUUCACAUGGGCAAGCCUUUGCUCAGUUUACUGGAUGCUAUUGAAUGUAGAAAAAAGCGAUCUGAUUGGCCAAAGGCCUGCUAUAGGCAAGGCAUAGCUCUAAUGUCACUGAAGGACUACAAGGGCGCAUGUGAGUCGCUUUUAGACGCACUCAAGUUGGACCCAGGGAGUUCUGAACUAAAGGAUGUGUUGCGGAAAGCUAUGGAAUCCUUGAAGGUGACUCGAAGCGUCAAGGCUAGGUGAACCUUAUUAUGGGUGUCGCAGAAGAUAGCUCAAAGCACGUUCACGUUUUUGUGGGAAAGCUACAUGGGUUCGAUAUCCUCCGUCUGUAAGUUAAGCCAGUGGGUGCUGAAUGAUUUUGGUGCCCCUUCUGUCCAUGCAAUGGAGUUGCUACUCUGCUAGUAGUCCGUGGGUGGGAACGGGCGAACGGCGGAAGUUAGUUGUCAGGCUUUCUUUUGGAGGGGCAACUGGCAUGCGUGCGUGUAGCCUCCGCUUUCUUUCUGAAUUAUUACCAGUCGUGACUCGUGUCACAAUUCAAACCACGCUUUUACGGGCCACGUUUAUGUUUGCACUUUUGUCACAGGAGUACUAUAUAUGUAGUCUAAUUUC